AUGAAAUUCCUACAAUUCAUACCUAACGAUUCUACUACUGGUCAGAUCCGAGUGGGAUAUUUGAAGGGCGACAAUGUUGUGGACAUCUGUUGUCAAGAUUGUUCUAUGCCUACGACUAUGAUAGAAAUAUUGGAAGCAGAAAUCGUGGAUAGAAUUCAAACAUUACACUGCAACGAUACUUCAGAAGGAGUUCCCCUAUCUUCGGUCAAAUUAGUAGCCCCAAUUGACAAUAUGGACAAAAUAUUAGGGGUUGCCCUGAACUAUUCGGAUCAUUGUAAGGAAAUAAACGUGGACCACCCACCCAUACCUAUGAUAUUUAGCAAGUUUUCCAGCACUAUAAUUGGGCCUAACGAUCCUUUGAGGAUAAGGACUGAAGUUUGCAAGAAAGUGGACUGGGAAGUAGAACUGGCAGUCGUGAUAGGCAAAGUUGCCAGUACCGUGACAGCUGCCGAUGCUGACAAAUAUAUCUUCGGCUACACUAUCGCGCAGGACAUCUCCGAUAGAGAAUGGCAGAAAGAGAAGAAUGGGGCACAGUUUUUACUUGGCAAGUCUCAAGACACGUUCUGCCCCAUUGGACCUUACAUAGUAACUAAAGACGAGAUCGAAGACCCAUAUAAUCUGAACCUUACUUGCAGUAUCAAUGGAGUUGAGAAACAGAACAGUAAUACCAGCAACAUUAUACACAAAAUACCCGCUAUUAUUGAGAGGAUAAGCAGUGUCAUGACGCUGCUCCCAGGCGAUUUGAUCUUAACGGGCACUCCUGGUGGAACUGGGGGCAUACGAUCACCGCCCGAGUUUCUGCAACCUGGUGACGUCAUACGUAGCGAGAUACAGAACAUUGGCUUCUUCGAAACUAAGGUUGAGAAGUUUUGAUCUUGCAAUAAAUGUAUG